UUUCAAUUUUACUUUUGUUUUGUGCAGUUCGUUUUCGCAGAAAUAAACGCGUCUCUUAGAUAUUCGCAAUCACAAAGCGGUCUUUACAACUUGCUAAUCCAGUAUUGUCCGUUUGUAAGAUGAAAUUAUUCGCUUUACUUUCACUGGCCCUAGGCCUGUGGGCUGCUCAAGCGAGCGCUGCUAAUCUCGUCUGCUAUUAUGACUCUGCGAGUUAUAUACGUGAAGGUCUUGGCAAAUUGCUCACACCCGACCUUGAGAUCGCACUACAAUUCUGCUCACACUUAAUUUACGGCUAUGCCGGCAUAAAUCCGAACACCUAUCAGGUGCAGAGUUUACAUGAAGACUUGGAUGUGCAUAAGCAUCAGUAUUCCGAAGUAACGGCGCUGAAGCGUAAAUAUCCCCAUUUGAAAGUGUUAUUGAGUGUUGGCGGUGAUCAAGAUGUCGAUCCUGAGCAUCCGAAUAAAUACCUCGAACUACUGGAGGGUGAAAAAGUGAAGCAGACUUCCUUCAUAAACUCGGCGUAUUCGUUGGUGCGUUCUUAUGGCUUUGAUGGUUUGGAUUUAUCCUUCCAAUUUCCUAAAAAUAAACCACGUAAAGUACACUCCGACAUUGGCAUGGUGUGGAAGAAGUUUAAGAAGCUCUUCACGGGCGAUUUUAUAGUCGAUGAGAAGUCCGAACAGCAUAAGGAAGAGUUUACCGCAUUUGUACGUGAUGUACGUAAUGCUUUACGACCGGAUAAUAUGAUGCUCACGUUAACGGUAUUGCCGAAUGUUAAUUCAAGCUGGUACUUCGAUGUGCCAGCUUUGGUCGGUAAUUUAGACUUUGUCACGCUUGCCGCUUUCGACUUCCUCACUCCCGAACGCAAUCCCAAAGAAGCAGACUAUACUGCGCCACUCUAUGAACUUUACGACCAAAGUCGUUUAUCUCAUUACAAUGCCAAUUACCAAAUCGAUUAUUGGCUUGGCCAACAAUGUCCGGCUAACAAGAUCAAUCUCGGUAUUGCUGCGUAUGGACGCGCAUGGAAGCUGACUACCGACUCAGGCUUGACUGGUGAGCCUGUGGUGAAAGAAACUGAUGGACCGGCGCCGGCUGGCAUGCAAAGUCAACAACCGGGUUUACUCUCAUGGCCAGAGGUGUGCGCAAAAUUGCCAAAUCCUAGUAAUGCCUACUUGAAGGGUGCUGAUGCGCCGCUGCGUCGUGUAAGCGAUCCCACUAAACGGUAUGGCGCUUAUGCUUUCCGUCCGGCAGACGGUAACGGCGAGCACGGCAUGUGGGUGAGCUAUGAGGACCCCGAUAGCGCAGCCAAUAAGGCGGCUUAUGUGCAUUCGAAGAACUUGGGCGGCUUGGCGUUGUUCGACUUGAGUUACGAUGAUUUCCGUGGUCUCUGCACAGGCGAUAAAUUCCCCAUUUUACGCGCUGCCAAGUUCCGUUUGUAAAAUUUGAAAAAAAAAAUAAUCGGAAAAACGUGUCAUUCGAAUUUAUUUGUCUCACACUGUACUUUUACGCUCAAUAAACAAUAAAUCAUUGAUUUUUUUUACUCACAAA